AUGAGAGACCCCAACAUGCCCGUCUGCCUCGUCCUCCUGCUGCUGUGGGGGCUGUUUGGGGGUCGGGUUCUGUCCAUCUGCCCGGCCGUGUGCUCCUGCAGCCGGGGACACCGCAUGGUGGACUGCUCCUCCAGAGGCCUGACCAAGCUACCGCCCGGCCUGCAGCACAACAUCCACUUCCUCAACCUCUCCUUCAAUAGCAUGCAGGGUCUGGAGAACCAGCUCACCCACUAUGCCCACCUGCGGACCCUGGACCUGUCCUACAACCGCCUGGAGACGCUGCCGCCCGCCCUGCCGCGCUCGCUGUGGGACAUCCGGGCGGCGGGGAACCACCUGCGCUCUCUGGACAAGAACGACACGGCGUACCACUGGAACCUCAGAGUCCUGGACCUGUCGGACAACGAGCUGGAGCGGGUGGUGUUCAUCAACAACACGCUGCCCAGCCUCCAGGCCCUCAACCUCAGCCACAACCGCUUCUGGACCGUGCCCACCAACAUGCCGCACAACCUGGAGAGCGUGGAUCUGUCGCACAACUACCUGGUGCAGAUCCUGCCGGGCUCGUUGGACCGGCUGCCGAGGCUGGCCCGGUUCUACCUGCACGCCAAUCGCUUCUCCUGGUUGUCGGAGGGGGUCUUCGAUAAGCUGACGGCGCUGGAGGCGAUGACGCUCGGGGAUAACCCGUGGGCUUGUGAGGAAGAGGAGAACAUCACAAAGCUGCUGACGUGGGCGGGGCAGACCCGGGCUACAAUCUUGGGCUGCCCCUGUUAUACCAAACCCAUCUGUGGGCAGCAGGCGGCGCCGGGGAGGGAGCGGCACUCUUCUCUGUUCACGGAGGAGCCGCCGUUCUGGGUCGACAGCAGAGACGGUCCGUCGCCGAGUUACCAGGCCAAGUGGGCCCUUUAUGAGGCGGGGAGGUACCAGGACAGACGGGAAUCGAACGGAUCGGAGGACCACGAGGCGUUCGUCUGGACGUCGCCCACGGACUCGGACGUUUUCUCCACACAAACCAGCACAGCAGCACGGCCGCCUUCCACGAAGAAACCCAAAGUGUCUUCCUCCAGGAAUAAAAGUCCCGGACUCUUCAUCGAGACUCAAACUGUCAGUCUGAUUAUUUUCGUCCUGACCACAGCGUUCAACAUCUUAUGA